AUGAAGGAGCAGCAGCUUACAGUGGCCCUUCGCAUCCGGCCCAUCAGCGAAGCAGAAGCAGAGGAGGGAGCUGCCCUCAUUGCCCACAGACUGGGGGAGCAGAGGGUGGUGCUGAUGGAUCCAAGUGAAGAUCCAGAUGACAUCUUGCGAGCUAACAGAUCCCGAGAAAAAACAUUUGUGCUUGACGUGGUUUUUGAUCACACAGCAACCCAGGAGGAAGUAUAUGUGUCCACAACCAAAAGCCUGAUAGAAGGAGUCAUUUCUGGCUACAAUGCAACCAUCUUUGCAUAUGGUCCAACAGGAGCAGGGAAAACGUACACAAUGCUAGGCACAGCCUGUGAUCCGGGGAUUUACAUCCGCACUCUCGGUGACCUCUUUAAGGCGCUUGAAGCUACCGAGGAGCUGGAUUACAGCGUCUCCAUGUCCUACCUGGAGGUCUAUAAUGAAGUGAUUCGUGAUCUUCUGAACCCAUCCUCAGGGUUCUUAGACCUGAGAGAAGAUCCCAGAGGUAACAUCCAGAUAGCAGGAAUUACAGAAGUCUCCACUACAAACGCUCAGGAGAGCAUGCAGCUGUUGAUGAAAGGAAACAAGCAACGCACUCAGGAACCCACUGCUGCCAACCAGACGUCCUCCCGCUCGCACGCACUGCUGCAGGUGACGGUGACGCAGAAGAGCCAAAGGAAGGAGACAGGCGAGGAAGUGAGAACUGGAAAGCUUUUCAUGGUCGACUUGGCAGGGUCAGAGAGAGCAGCCCAGACACAGAACCGGGGCAAGAGGAUGAAGGAAGGAGCCCACAUCAACCGCUCUCUGCUGGCUUUGGGCAACUGCAUCAAGGCUCUGAGCGAGAAGGGGGCAAACCGCACCCACUUCGUCAAUUUUCGAGACAGCAAACUCACACGGCUGCUGAAGGACUCCUUAGGAGGCAACAGCAGGACUGUUAUGAUUGCACAUAUCAGCCCAGCCAGCACCUCCUUUGAAGAAUCUCGAAUGACCUUGAUCUAUGCCCAUCGAGCAAAAAACAUCAAGACACAGGUAAAAUGUAACCUGCAGAAUGUCUCCUACCACAUCAACAAGUACAGCAGCAUCAUCGCAGACCUCCGCAGCGAGAUCGAGCGCCUGAAGGCGAGGGUCAAAGAUCAGGAGAAGGAGAAGUGUGCAGUCAGCUCCAGCCUUGGGGAUAUGCAAGCAGAGAAGCACCCAGGCUCUGAGGCACACAAUGGCCAAGUGGUGAACACCUUGAAGGAGCAGCUGAUGGGGGCUUUCCGGGAGCAAAUGGAGAUGCGCCACAGCCUGAUGGAGCUGGAGAACACCACCAUUGAGCUGCACAUUGAUACCUGCAGACACCUCCUGAUGGUCACAGACUGGGAACGAGAGAAGGCUCAAGGUGCAUGCAAGCCAGCAAAGGAGGAGAAAGAUGCAAACAAAGAGGAAGAAGACAGUGAAGUGCAUAUAGAUUCACCUGAACCUCAUGAAAUUAGAGUAGCAAGAGAAGAGAUCAACCUGCUGCUGGCAGAACAGCGCAAGAUGGUGGCCCUGAGGAUGGAGCUGGAGCAGCAGUUAGCAAAUGCCAAGGAAAGAGCUUCCCAGAUGGAGGAGUUUUUCCCUAGACAAAUCACCAGUGAGGAUCAGCAGGAGGUGCUAAGGCUCCUCUGCAGAGCCCAUGAGCUUGAGCUUGGCAACACAGAGCUGCAGACAAAUACACUGUGCAAGGAGAAUCUAUUAUGCCAGAAGGAUUUGGUGAUCCAGCAACUGCAGCAGCAUAUGCUGCUCUGUGAAGAAAUUAUUUGGCAGCAGCAGAAGCUGUUAAAAGCCCAGAACAUUCCUGUUCCAGAGACCUUGGAGCAGUUACAUGACCUGCACCUUUCUGAGCUGGAGGAGGGGAUGCUGAACCGCCUGCUCCUGCUGCAUUCAAUGAUGUCCAGCAUGCUCAGGCCCCACAACAGCCCUUCUCUGAAUGUAAAUCAGCAUCUGGAUCCUAAUAAAGAUGAGAUCAGAAAGGGUCUACCUGGGAACAUGAAAGAUCUUCCCUGGGGGGUGAAGUUUGACAUAUCCUCCAUCAAGCCAGACAGUGACAGCUGCAGAUCAUCCAAAACCUCACCCUGCAGGAAGGAGGGCUCUCAGGACACUCAUCUCAGCCCAACUUUCUCCGGUUUACCAAAGAGCCCAGUUCAGCAGAGGGGACCCCACAAGAGGGGCUGCCGAAAGCAAAGGCUCCUGCAAGCACCAGCCAGCAGAGCAAUGCUGGUCACCUCAAAGGACGGCUCCUACAGAAGCAAGUCAAGAACUACUGGUCUAGAACGCAAAAAGCUGGGUUUUCUUCCACGAAACAGCUUGAAGGUGGCUACAUCCAACUGUGAGCUCCAGCAAGCAACGAUGUCAGCUCUUGGGAUGCUGCGUCCGUCUGGGGACGAGGACUGCUGCUACCACAUCCAUCGCUGGCUCUUCUUCCUCGUUCUGCCCGAGGCAGAAGGAAGAUUCAUCACUCCUGCAGCCCCCAGUCUGCGGAGACAUUACACCCCAGCAGGGCUGGGGCGUGAGUCCUCCACCCAACCUGCCACGCAUUUAUAG